AUGCUUACUUUUCAUGCUCAUCAAGUUAUAUCACUAAAAUGUUAUGAUACAAUUCGUGAUCGUUCAUCCAUUAUUAGUUUACUAUUUAAUCGACAUCAUUUUAUUAAUCUUCAAUCAUGUAUAUUUAUAUCGGAUAAUCCAUCCACUGAACUUGAAAAUGCUAUUAAACAAGUUGAAAGUUUGAAUAGACUUAUUUCAUUUUUUAUUAUACAACUACAUUAUAAAAAAAUCCAUGAGAAAGACAAAUGUGAUAUAACUCGAACUAUAUUGAUGAACAAAUCAUCUUCUCUUCGUUCAGUUAAACUUAUUUAUAAUUAUGAUUACUCGAACAUAUCAACUUAUACUUCAAUUGCUUCAAAUAUUAGAUCACUUGAAUUGUUAAUAUCUGCUGACUCACUAAAUAAAAUAUCAGUUUAUUCAAUUUUGCUAAUUCUUCGUGUUUGUCAUAGAAUACGAUAUCUAUAUGCCAUAAUAAAACAUGAAAUUCCAUCUGAAAAUAAUAAUUUGAAUGUUUCAAUUGAAGAACUAUUUCUUAAUGAAAAUGAUCUUCCUAUAUCACCACAAGUGACAUCCUUCGAUUUAUCAAUUUUUGCUCAAUGUGACAUUCGUUCAAUCGUUUGUAUCUUACGUUUGAAUUCUGUUCAAUCAAAUGAUAAUGAUGAUUCACAGCAAUAUGUUACUUCUCUUUCACAUAUUGUUCAUUUACCCAAUAAAUUAUCAACUUAUUCACUCUAUGCUGCUGUAUCUAUUGAUUUACAAACAAAUGAUAUUAUUGAAAUUUUACAACGACUUAGUAGAACAACAAUACCUAAUAAUAUCAUUGAAUUUAUUAAAUUAUGUACAUUAAGUUAUGGAAAAAAUAAUAUUGAUAUAAAUACAAUAACAGAAAAAUUUCAACAUCUUAUUCCUGAAAGAGUUCUUACAAAAGAAAAUACAACAACAAAUGAACAAAUAUCUAAUGAUAUUCGAUAUCUAUAUGAAAAAAUUGUUUCAUUUGAAGUUAAUCCAAAUAAAAUCGAACUUUUACAAAAACGAUGUCAAGAAUUAGAAUAUCCAUUACUUGACGAAUAUGAUCUUCAUCAUGAUACGAUAUUGAAAAAUUUAAAUAUUGAACUAUGA